CAACCAAAGUCAUCAGGAGGCCGCGUACUCUAGGAUGGACGCCGGGGUCUGCGAACCCUAACCCUAGCUGUAACAGACUCUGCGUACCUUACUAUUAUAGUAUUAACUGUCUCUAUAAUUAACACUCUAGGCCUACCAUCUCUAAAUGAUCAUUAAACCGUCUCUAAAAUUAUCACUAGAAGCAAAUUGUAUUAAAAAUUGUAUACAUUAACAGAUUAACACGUGAUAUGAUAACAAAAGAAACUUGUAAAUAAAGUAUGAAUAAGUUCUUCUUCCACCGGUAUUCAGAGAUCAGCGGCUGGCCACGUGUUAGUUGCCGAGCUGUAGGAGUUUAUCUUGAUGGACUUGAUAGAUUUUUAGAAUAUUAUUUCCCAUAUUUUGUAUACUAUAUGGAUUUCUAGAUAGUUAUUUUAGAAAGUGAUUUCCCAUAUUUUGUAUACUUUAUUUAUAUUAGUUAUGUCAUUCUAAGUCAUACCCAUAUUUUUCAAUUGUUUUAUUCAAUUUUAGUGAUGGGUACAUAUGGAACUUUAGCGGAAUAAUUUGUCCAUCGAUCAUCAAAUGUUACAUAGCAGGGGGAGAAGGGCCUUCAUAUAUCUAGGUGGUCGAUCAAUCUGAAUCAUUAAAUUUGAAUUUUUGAUGAUAUUCAUGUCAACUGUCCCCUGACAAGAGAAGUUGUUGACAAGAUCAAAAAUCCUAAAAGGUGAUUAAUAGAUGUUACACAUAAUUUUAUAUAAUAAUUUUACCACAUCGUAAUCUUUGUGGUUACCAUUAUUAAUUUGUAUUUGUAUUUGUUCUCUCAUUUUAGAUCAAAAUGGCACCAACAGGGAGAGGGAGUCUGUGGGAAGAUGUGGAGACGCUGUGCCUCCUGAAUAUUUGGCGGGAGAAAAACAUUCAAGAACAGAUGGAUGGCACAGUAAGGAACAAAACGGUAUUUCGUAAGAUAUGCCAAUUGAUGAAAGAAAGGGGGUUCGAAAGGGCAGAGGACCAAAUCAAGCGGAAAAUUAAACAACUAAGAGCGUCCUUCCGAAAGACGGAGGACAAUAACAAUCGAUCAGGCAGGGGGAGAAUUACAUGUAAAUUCUAUAGCGAACUGCAGGAGAUCUUUGGGGGCAGACCAGAGACUGCACCAGUUGCCAUUCUGGCGUCGCAACCAGAGGAGGAGGAUCAAUCUGAGUCGCUAGACUCGGUGGACUCUGAUUCACUGCCGAGAGAGGAGGAGGAGGAUGGAGCCGAAGAAGAUAGAAGUAUAACGGAUGAUGAACUGGAGGAAAAUGAUGUGGAAGCACCAACAGAAUUGGUUGGCAAUUUUCCACCGGAGGAUCUAGAGGGACCUUCAACAUCAUCUGCUAAUGGACGUAAGGCAACUGGGGAAAAGCGGAAGAAAUCAAAGCUGCAGGAGUCCUUCGGACUGAUAGCCAAGGAGAUAAAGACACUGGAGGAGGACAGUACAAAUGCCUUCAAUGCUAGGGAGGAUCGGUUCAUGCAGCGCCAAAUGGAGUGGGAGCGUGAGCUCCUAAUGAAGGCACAGCGUACUGAAGAAAAAAAACUAGAGGAGAAGGAGAGGAGGAGAAGAGAAGAGAGGGAGCAUAGAGAGCAAGAAAAAGAACGUGAUAGACAGCAUCAACUCCAAAUGCUUCAGGCCUUAAUGGCUGGUAUGCGGCAGUCGUCAACUUCAAUGUGGCAGCAACAGGGAAACAACUCCCAGUCCGGUCCAGAGCGGUCUCCAAAUUCCUGGCCCUACAAUCACGAUUACACUCCACUGUAAUUGUUACAAACAUAAUGCAUUCUUCAAGUGGAGGAGUGUGUGUGUUUGGAAUUCCCACGGUGGUAAACAUGUAUUUGUCAUAUGAGAUGACACUUUUCAGGAUUUUUGUUCAUCACAAUUUCUUUCCUCAGUACUUGUUGCUGCAUAUCAUUCACCUGUACUCUUGCCAUGCUGAAACCCUUGUUUUUACUUAGCCAUCCAUCUCAGUGCUGCCAGAAUCAUUGCCAAGGGCAAGGGAAUUUACAUGUAAAUUGUAGAUGUUAGUACUUUUUGUUCUUAGCACUUAUAGAUUUUUAUAAACAUAUAACUUUGUUUUUAUGUAGUUCUUUUUUACAUCAAGUAACCAUUUACUUGCUAUUGGAACUUUUGUACAUCUGUAUAUAAACAUUCAUUUUUAUUUUUUCUUCUAUUCUAUGCAUAACUUUUGAAUGGACUAUGUUUUAUUGUUGUUCUUAAAUAAGAUCUAUAUCAACCGCUGCCAACCCUCAUUUUGUACCAAUUUGAUAUUGCCAAAGAAAGUUGAGUCACAACUUGAAAGUGUAAAGUAUUAUAUCUUUUUACUGCUCAUUUUUGUCAGUACCUGUUAUCUUGCAAUUACUGUACAUGUAUAAAACAGGUUAUAUACAUAUGCAUUCACACAAAGUUACAAAGUCUAUUUGCUAUUUAAGCACACAUUUCUACAUGUGAACUUUUGUACAUCUACAGUAUAUAUAAACAUUCCAUUUUUAUUUUGUCUUCUAUUAUAUACAUACCUUUUCGAAUGACUGUUUUAUUGUUCUUAAAUAAGAUCUAUAUCAAAUGCUGCCAGCCCUCAUUUUGUACCAAUUUGAUAUUGCCAAAGAAAGUUGAGUCACAACUUGAAAGUGUAAAGUAUUAUAUUUUUUAACUGCUCUUUUUGUUAGUACUUGUUAUCUUGCAAUUUCUGUACAUGUAUAAAACAGGUAUAUGCAUUCACACAAAGUUACAAAGUCUGUUUGCUAUUUAAGCACACAUUUCUACAUGUGAACUUUUGUACAUAUACAGUAUAUAUAUAUAAACAUUCCAUUUUUAUUUUGAUCUUCUAUUAUAUACAUACCUUUCAAAUGACUAUGUUUUAUUGUUCUUAAAUAAGAUCUAUAUCAAACGCUGCCAACCCUCAUUUUGUACCAAUGUGAUAUUGCCAAAGAAAGUUGAGUCACAACUUGAAAGUGUAAAGUAUUAUAUUUUUUAACUGUUUGUUUUUGUCAGUACUUGUUAUCUUGCAAUUACAUGUAUAAGAUGGGUUAUAUACAUAUGCAUUCACACAAAGUUUCAAAGUCUAUUUGCUAUUUUAUCACACAUGUCUACAUUUUUGUUUGUCAUCAUUGCAUUUGCAGUACUUUUCAAAAACUUUUCCCCCCUUUUCUUUGUAUUUAUUAAGAAAGAAACUGUAUAUUGGCAAUAAAACGUUACCAAAGUCUGCCUUUCGAUAGUGCCAACUAAUUUAAACUCAGGACAUAAUUGUGGUAUAUUUUAUAACUUUUCAGUUACUAUGUAAAGAAAAUUGCACUUUGUGAAUGCAUUAUGCAAAUAUUGCACUUUUAUGUUUUACUUUUUAUGUACGUGUUCAUUAUUCUCUGAAUAAUAAAUAAUUUGUUUGGUAUA